AUGGCGAGACUCAGUCGCGGUGGCUUCCUGGCCAUUGCCGUGGUCUUCCAUCUGAUUUAUGCCUACAGCAUCUUCUCAAUAUACUUCGUGAGCCCCAUCGUGCGUGGCAUGCGCGAAUAUAGCGUCGAGAACACAAAAGCACCCGCAAAACGCCUUUUCCUGUUCGUAGGGGAUGGCCUUCGCGCCGACAAAGCCUUUCAAUCUUUCCCAGAUCCCUCCCCCUCAAUCGACGACCUCGAAGCCGCCAAAGAGCCUCGCCCGCUGGCGCCAUUCCUCCGCUCCCGAGUCCUCUCCCACGGCACCUUCGGCGUGUCUCACACCCGCGUCCCCACCGAAUCUCGCCCCGGGCAUGUCGCCUUGAUUGCUGGAUUAUACGAGGAUGUAUCGGCGGUGACAACCGGGUGGAAGCUGAACCCCGUCAACUUCGAUAGCGUCUUUAAUCGCAGCAGACAUACCUGGAGCUGGGGAAGCCCGGAUAUCCUACCCAUGUUUCAACAAGGUGCCGUUCCUGGCAGAGUAGACGCAGACACCUACGGCCACGAGGCGGAGGAUUUCCUGACAGAUGCUGUACAGCUGGAUAUCUGGGUGUUUGAUAAGGUGAAGCAGCUGUUCGCGGAUGCGAAGACGAAUGCGACGCUGGAUGCGGAACUUCGACGGGACAAGAACGUCUUCUUCCUCCAUCUUCUGGGACUGGAUACCUCGGGGCAUGGGUACCGGCCGUAUUCGAAGGAGUAUCUGCAUAAUAUCAAAGUGGUGGAUCAGGGCGUGCGGGAGAUUUCGCAGCUGGCUGAGGAGUUCUACGCGGACGGGAAGACGGCAUUUGUGUUUACUGCUGAUCAUGGGAUGAGUGAUUGGGGGAGCCAUGGGGACGGGCAUCCAGAUAAUACGAGGACGCCGCUGAUUGUUUGGGGAUCUGGAGUCGCUCCGCCGGUGGUCAAUUCGAAGGGGACGGCUACGGGACACGAGGAUGGGUUCUCCUCCGAUUGGGGCCUCGAUCAAAUCCAAAGGAAUGACGUUGCGCAGGCCGAUGUUGCUGCUCUCAUGGCGUAUCUGGUCGGUCUGGCUUUCCCAGUCAACUCCGUUGGAGAACUUCCCCUGACGUAUCUUGACGGGGAUGCCAAGACCAAGGCAGAAGCGCUUCUCGUAAACGCCAAAGAGAUCCUGGAGAUGUACCAUGUCAAGGAAGAGCACAAGAUUUCCACUCAACUACGGUACAGGCCGUAUCCUGGAUUAGGGGACGACGAACAUUCCGUGGAACACCGCAUCGCUCAGAUCAGGCAGUCCAUUGAUACCGGAGACGCCGACAAGGCCAUUGAACUUGGCAAUGACUUGAUUAAGACUGGGCUGGAAGGGCUCCGAUAUCUACAAACUUACGACUGGCUCUUCCUACGAACACUUAUCACCACAGGCUAUCUUGGAUGGAUAGCAUUUGCCAUUACGACAGUAAUCGACUCGCACGUUCUUCAUGGGGAGGUAGAUACCCUACGGAGUACACCGAGCGUGAUCGUGUUCUCUUCUAUUCUUGUCGCACUAUACUCUGUACUAUUCAUUCAGCAAUCUUCAUGGGUCUACUAUGCAUACGCUUUCUUCCCAGUCAUGUUUUGGGAAGAGGUUUUCGUUCGGAGGGCAUCUUUGGCGAAGGGAAAGGGGGUGUUAUUGGGGCAUAUUAUAUCACCUUGGGAUCGGAUAAGUCUGGUGCUUACAAGUCUAGCAUUUUUGGGCGUUAUUGAGGCUUUGGUUCAAAGCUACUUCUACAGGGAAGUUUAUACGGUUAUCUAUCUUCUCGCCAGCACUUGGCCGGCAUUCUACGGCCUGGAUUUUGUGAAACGGAAUGCCCUUCUCGUGCUUACGUGGGCUCUCUGUUGCUUCAUGAUGAGCAUAUUCACUCUACUUCCGGCGAUGAAAACGGAGAACUUGAACCUAAUAUUGCUUGGCGGCUUCUUAAUGUUCGCGGUCGGCGCUGCAUACCUUCUCCUUGAACAGAGCAUCAUCGGCUCCACUCCUAAUUAUAAGGACAAACUAGCUCCACCGGCAACCGACGGGCUCUCUAAAACUAUUCUAGGCGCACAGAUUGGCCUCGUCCUUCUCGCCAUGAUCGUAACCAGCUCAAGCGUGACUUCCAUCCAAGCCCGCACCGGCCUCCCUCUCGGCACGCAGAUCGUCGGCUGGCUCACCCUCAUCGCCUCCCUGACCAUCCCCUUCCUCCACUCCCUCGCCCCCAACUCACACUACAUCCACCGCCUCAUCAUCAUCUUCCUCGCCUUUAGCCCCACCUUCAUCAUCCUCACCAUCUCGUACGAAGGGCUGUUCUAUUUCGCCUUCUGCGUCCUGCUGUUCUGCUGGGUGCGGCUGGAGCGCGAGGUCUACGUGCACACCACCGCCGACCCGCAACCCCCUACCAAGGGCCCUACCAAGGGUACCAAGAGAGAUAGCGGAAGCUCGCCAUACCGCUCCCUCACCCUCGCCGACGCCCGCACCGCCCUCUUCUUCCUCGCCCUGCUCCAAUCCGCCUUCUUCAGCACCGGCAACAUCGCCUCCAUCUCCUCCUUCUCGCUCGACGCCGUCUACCGCCUCAUUCCCGUGUUCGACCCUUUCUCCCAAGGCGCGCUCCUCAUCCUUAAGCUCCUCGCCCCCUUCGCCGUCAUGUCAGCGAACCUCGCGAUCUUGAAUAAGCGCAUCGGGGUCGCGCCGAGCGCGCUGUAUGGGGUUGUGACGGCGAUGAGCGAUGUGAUGACGGUGAGGUUCUUUUGGAUGGUGCGGGAUGAGGGGAGUUGGUUGGAUAUAGGGACGUCUAUAAGUCAGUUUUGUAUUGCGAGUGGGUUGGGGCUUUGGGUGGCGGGGUUGGAGGGGGUAGGCGGGGGAAUGGUGAGUGGGGUGGGGUUGGGGGAUUGGGAGGGGGGAGAGGGGAAUGGGGUUGCUGCGAACGGGAAGGCGAAGGUGGAUGCGGUGUCUGAGAAGGAAUCAUAG